AUGUCCGUGACCGUCAAGACCGUUUCCAUCCCUGGCGUGGCCUGGGCAAUCGCCGCCAACAUCCACCUUCCACCGAACUUCAAUGACAACAAGAAAUACCCUGCUGUCGUAUCCGCCCAUCCAAUUGGCUCCUGCAAGGAACAGACAUCAGGUAAUGUAUACGGCAAGGCCAUGGCCGAAGCCGGCUUCGUUGUCGUAGCGUUUGAUGCCUCCUUCCAAGGCGCCUCUGGCGGUUUGCCUCGCUUCGUCGAGAACCCCGAGUUCCGCGUAUCUGAUUUCCGAUACGUGGUCGACUACAUCCAGACCCUGCCCUACGUGGACUCGGAGCGCAUCGGCGUGCUGGGCAUCUGCGGUGGUGGCGCCUACGCCCUCAAUGCAACCAUGACCGAUUACCGCUUCAAGUGCUGCGUGGGAGUCACACCCGCCAACUUUGGCCGUCUUGCCCGCGAGGCCUUUGGCGGGUUCGACCCAGCCGGCGCCCUGGAGAAGAUGGCCAAGCAGCGCACAGCUGAGGCACAAGGCGGCGAGCGCUUCGUGAUGAACUACCUUCCUCCAACCGUCGAGGACGCCAAAAAGGCCACUUCAGACAUCGAUAUCAUCGAAGCAGCUGAAUACUACAAGACCGACCGCGGCAAGACGGAGUUCGGCUGCACCAGUGCUUUAUUUUCAUUCAACAGUGCUGCCGCUGCAUGGGAUGCCUUUGCCUUUGCGGAGAAAAUCAUGACACGCCCUUUCCUUGUGGUUGUCGGCGAUAAGGUUGGGGGCUUCGGCGCGUACCGCGAUGCCAGCGAGAUCCAUGCCCGUGCUGCGUCGAAGGAGAAGAAACUGCUUGUUCUUCCCGGUGUUUCCCACUACGAAUUGUAUGAUAAGCCCGAGGCUGUCAAGCCUGCGCUUGAUGAGAUCCUGCCGUUCCUGAAGACGCACCUAGGCGAGGCAGCAUGA